AUGUGGGACCAAACUGGACGUGUUUGCCCUGAGGAGCUACAACCGAACAACAAGAAUAGCAAGCAGAAUUCUAGUAGCAGGAAAAAGCACAAUAACUAUACCAUCAUGCUUAAAGAACUGGCUCAGAUGUUGCCCAUUCCUUUGCGGACCAGUUCCAAAAGGUUGACAAAGAAAGAGAUUCUUCUCCGGGUUCUCCGGUAUAUUGAACACCUGCAGACAAGCAUUAAUACUGCCAGCUCGCUGCUCCACGUCCGCUAUGGGGAACAAAAAGCAGAAGGAUCUGAACAGACUGUGCCAUCUGACCUGAAAAGGAGGAGGAGAGAAGCCACGCCUCGUGGAAAGAAGACCAAGUCCUCUGGUGUCUGCAGGAAACCCCGGAAGAAGAGACGCAUCCGUAAAUCAGAGCGACAAGGAGCGGGCCAGAAAGCGUGCAAAUGCCUCGUGCUGGAGACUGGGAAGGGCCUUUCCCAAGCUGACACAUGCAGGGAGGAGAAUCUGUCUGCUGUGGAAGACAUAUCUUCCAUUCCUUUGCUCUCCACAAAGCAAUGUCGUUCCCAUCCUAGCUUCCAAGAUCCAGUGCCAGGAUCUGCUUGCCCUUCACAUAACUUUCUGGACAUCACCAAAAGUGGAGCCCCAUUCCACGCUUCAGACUGGCACUUGGGUAGUAGCCAAGAGGAAAUCAAGGAGAGAGGUGUGUUUCCUACAUGUGCAGCACAGGUGGCUUAUGAUGCGCUGCUCCAGUACACCGAGGGACCUGGGCAUUCACUGAUGGGGCAGGAGCUGGUGUAUUAUUAUUCCUCCUGUGAGGAAGAAGAGGAAGAAGGAUCAAGUGCUGGUCCCUGGCUCUCCACCCAGUCUCCUGUGGGCAUCUCCCAUGGGAACAUGCUGCUCUAUUCUCCUGGGAUUGGAGUCCAAAGCAAUACUUGCUCAGAUUUGGGGCUGAGCCCCUCACUUUUCUCCUCACCAGCUCGGCUGCUCCCCAAGUAUGUCUUGCAAGGGGGGCAGGAGGAACAUUCUCCAGUGUUGUUUGAAGACGUGUAUCUGUCCCCCGAGACCCUUUCAGGAACACUGCUGAGAAAAUCGGCUUUCACCCUGGACCACUGCUACCUUUCCUACAGUGAAAAGGGUAAAAGUGAUUCCAGCCCUAUGUCAACCGUGAACGAGAUAACAUCUUCCUGGACCAAACAAUUUCUUCAGGAGGAGGAUGCCCACAUCAGGCCUGAACACUUUGUGUCCUCUAGCGAUGAGAACAGUGACAGCACCUGGACGCCUUGCAAGAGAGUGAAGCCCCUGCAGGAGUCAUGUCAGAAGAAGAAAAAAGCGGGAAGAAGGCAGAAACGCCGGCCAGUGACCUGUGAGACACGCAGCCACUCGUCUCCUCUGCAGCUAAAGAAGAAAUGCGUCAAUGGCUUCAUCAUGUUCUGCCGCCUAAACCGCAAGCACUACAUCCGGGCUUGCCCAGGCAUGGCUUCCACAGUUGCCACGAGAGAGCUGGCCCAGCUGUGGCGCAUGAUGACCAAGCAAGAACGGAAGCCAUAUUGCAUGAAAGCCCGAAGAUUCAGCCGCCUGAACAAUCGCAUUGUGAGGGAUGACUUCUCCAUUGAGGAAGAAGAGGAGGACCAGGAGCCGCCUAAACCUUUUCAUCUGCUGCUGGCUGAGAAAUCCCACCCUGGCAGCCGGAAUUUUGGGGACCUCUUUGCUUGAGCUCAUUCCCUGACCCGUCACAUGCUAAUGGUAAUGAUCCACUGGAAAGAUGGCUCCUCACCAGGGUCUAUUUGUGAUACAUUGAGUUUCCGCAUGAUAGGUUUCCAGAUUAAUGUUCACCUUCUGACUUUGCAGCAAUGUACCAGGUGAGAGGGACCCCACAGGAUGGGGCAUAGACAUUUCCUUUGAUGUCACUAUCCUAUCUGCUGAUUAUAAAUCCUCUCCUAUUCCCUGCUAGCUAGGCCUCAGGCUUACCAGUAUCUUGUUCCUUUUGGACAAAGCAAAUCACAGCUGACUUCCAGGUUGUGCAGUAACUGCUUUAUGUUC